AUGUUGCGUAAACUGAAACGACAGGUAACGCAAGCCGUAAACAGUGUUACUCCCUCCGAGCCUCAACACGUGCCACUGUACAAUGAAAGUGACACAUCUUCAGAAGGAUUUCUCUGUCCCGUAUGCAUGCAUUCAUUUUCUUCUCCAGAUGAAUUGCAGAUACAUUUCAAAGUGCAUACAGUUAAGCAAAUUAAUAAUAUCGAGGAACAAAAAGUUAUUGAUUCCUCCUCAUUUAAUUCAUUUGGGAAUGGUUUUAAUGAGUCAGAUGUAAUUCAUCUCGAAUUGGAUAUGAAAGAACUUAGAUCGCAGUUGCAAGAUGAGAAACGCUAUUCAAUGGAGUUGAAAAAGGAGCUUGAUAGGUUGCAUGGCCUUAUCGCAAACCAGGCAGAAAUAUCUGAAGACGAAGUACCUUAUCUUACGCAACAAAUGCAGGUGCUCGAAGCUGGGAAAGCAUUAGCAACGGAGCGAAUGCUUGAAAUGGAAAAAGAAACAAGUGGGAUGAAUCGACAAGUUGAACAACUGAAGCAAGAAAAGAGCAGAUUAAUCAAAAAAAUUGGGGAACUGUCGACGAAUAUUACCAGCAAAACAGAUGAAAUCGAAGAGAAAAAUAAGGAAAAGGCCCUUUUGGGUGAUGAGCUAGUGCGCUAUCGGCAAGAGAUACAGAAUUUGGAAGUAGAAAUUGAAGAUCUACGAAAAAAACUUGAUCAAAGACUAUCAGAAGAUGAUGUCAGUGUGCUCAGGAAAGAAUUGAUACAUGCACAACAGCUAAUGGACACAAUAACACAAGAGAAAGAAGAAGAAAUUAAGAAGGAUAUUGAUAGAAUACGUGAUAUGGAGCAAGAUCAUAAAAAGUUAACUUGUGAAAUUGAAGUUCUAAAAAGCAAUAUUAAAGUCCUCAAGAAUACGAUCGCUGAAUUUGACAGUGGAUCUAAGAAACUUAUUGAUGAAAUCGACACUUUCAGAAAAGUUUGGGAAGAGAAAGCGACAAAUGCGACUGAAAGAAUCUCUGAUGCUUGCAAGAAAGUCGACGAUUUAGAAGUUAUUGUGAAUGGAUAUCGAAUAGAUAACGGAACUGAAGGGAAGAAAUUUUCGGAACUUGAAGAUGUAAAAAAAUCUCUUUUGGAGGUUUCGCAAGAAAAUGAAAGGUACAAAAACGAGAUAAGGCAAAGUAAACAUGCGUUAGAAGAGGCUGUGUCGAGGGCUGAAAAAGCGGAGAAACAACACAUUAAUUUGCAACAAGAAAUUAUGUUAUUAACGGCAUCUCUCGAUGAACAAAAACAGAAUUACGUAGAAAAGGAAAUGCAAGCAGUUAAGGAAGAAGAAACGGUAAUCGAAUGUCGGAAAGAAAUUGAACAAUUGAAGAAAAACGUUCUUAAAUUGGAAAUUUCCUUGACUGAGGCAUCUACUACCGAAGAUAUUUUGAAGCAGAAUUUAAAAGAAGCGAAGGCAAAAGAAUCACUUUUGAUGCAAAAAAUUUCUGAGGGCGAAGGAGUCGAUAAAUUAGCAGUGGAACAUAUGCAUAAGGAGAAAAUGGCACUUGAAGAAACAGUAAAUGGAUUAAAUGAAGCUCUAAAAUCUCUAAAUGUGUCGCAUGAAUAUGCAAUAUCUCAGCAUGAAGAAAGUUGGAAAGAGAAGAUAGAAGUUGAAAAAGAAAAAGUGAGGAAACUAGAAAAUGAACUGAAAAAAUUGCAUUGUAAUUGCAUUUCUGCUAGGGAAGAGAAUAAGAAGUUGUCGGCAAUGCUGGAAGAAAAAAUAGCGACAAUUGAAGAAAAGAAUAAAAUAAUCGAAACAGAAAGUGCCAAAUUGAAGUCAGCUGUUGAAAGGUUCACGCUAAUAGAAGAAAAAGCAAGACAAUUGGAUAAUGAACUGCAUGAAAAAGAAACUGUAGCGAUCAGACAUAAUGAAGAAUAUAUGAAAUUGGAAGAAACGAUAAAGAACGUACAAUCAGAACUGAAAGAAAUAAAAACAGCAAAAAAACGGUUAGAAUGCAACUUAGCGGAAAAGGAGGAAAGUUCGAAGAAGAGUGUUUGCCAGUUACAGGAGGCACUUUCCACAUGUGAACAAGAAAAAAAUGCGCUGAAAGAACAACUUGAAAGUGUCACGCAGCAAUUUUCUGCGUUGGUUGAAGAAUGUUCGAAAUAUAAAGAUAACGAAGUUAAAUUAUUGGCGAACGUGAACCAAAAGGAAUUGUCAAUAAAGGAAUUAGAAGAAAAGAUCAAGAAUUUAACGGCAAAAUUGGAAUUUGAAAGACACAAACAUGAUGACUCCAUAAAGGAUUUACAACAUGAUUUGAGAUAUGUACUUACACAAGCUUCCUUCCAGGAAAUGGUGACCCAAUUGAAAACGAUUUCUGAAUUAAACGAGAAACUUCGUAUGAAAGGGAAGCAGUUAUCUGAUGUAAUGCAAGAGAAGGAAAGAGUACAUAGCGAAUUGCGCUUAAAGGAAGAAGAAAAAUGUGCUCUGGAAAAUGAAGUAUUAAAAUUGAACGAGCAAAACUCCGAGUUGCGGAAGGAAGUGGAUGACUUUAAAAAGUACAUGUUGCAGCUCAGAAGUGAUUUUGAAAAAGAGAUUGACUUGUUGAAAAGCAAUUUGGAAAAAUGUAAAAAGGAUAAAGAAGAAAGUUUGUCGAAACUAUAUGUAGAACUGGAAACAGAAAAAAAUAGGCUAAAGCAAGCUUCAAAAGAUAAUGAAGAAAAAGAUGAAAAUUUGAAACAAAUGAAAAAUGAUUUGGAAAAUGCCAAAGGAGAUUUAAGUGAAUUAAAGAAUGUUCAAAGCGAGUUGGAGAAAAGGAAAACGGAGUGGUUGCAAGAAAAACGAGCAUUGCAGGAAAGGUGUUUGACAGCAGAAAGUGAUCUUGAAUUUGAGCGCGAACGAGCUAUUGUAAACAAGAGAAAUUUCGAUGAUGUUCAGACUGCCAUCCGAGAACUUGGACAAAUGAAUCAAAAUUUGCAGCUGGAUUUUGCGAAACAAAUAUCACGUAAAUGGUUGGAAGAUUCAGAGGCCAUAAAUUGUCAUGCAUGUGACAAGCCAUUUACUCUUACAACUCGCAAACAUCAUUGCAGACAAUGCGGACAGAUAUUUUGUGCCUCAUGUUCCUCGUUUACAGCUAAGAUUGCAUCAUCAAGAAAUCCGGUUCGUGUUUGUAAUGCAUGUCAUGAAGAAAUUGUGCACCGAUAA